AUGGCUGGUCCGGACCCCAAGCGCAUGUACCUCGCGAUCAAUUCGCAAAACAUAGAUAGCCUCAAGAAAGAGAAGCCAUAUUGGAGCAAGCCAUUUGUAUUCUUGAAUCCAACCGGGACAGGCAUCAAGUACACUUCUCUUCAGGCUGCAAUGAUGCUUAAGAAGAUGAAAAUUGUGGAUUUUCUUCUUGACCAGCCGGCAUUGGACCUUACCGUGAAGAGCACUGACGGGAAAAACACUGUGACUGUUGCUGUCGAGGCAAAAAUGGGAGUCCCCACUCUGGAAAAAAUUCUUCACAAAAUCGAUUUGCGUAGUCUUGCGGAGGUCGACUCGUCGGGCAAGGGCCCAAUAGACUAUGCGGAUCCUGGUUCAGACGUUUAUGAAUUUCUUCAUUCUAUGGGGUGCAAGACACGCCAGGAGAAAGAGGUAGCAAUGGCAGGGUUUUUUGGAGAAAACGUGAAGGGUACUGUCCCUGGAAUCAAUGAGCAUCAACAGAGGCGCAGGGAGGCAAACACACCUAGAAGGAAGUCAGGCAAGCGGAACAAGAGCGCUGUCACGAGCCAAUCAGAAUCCCAAGAUCAAGCGAAGACGUCUAGAUCGGCACUGUCGGAUGCGUCUAAUGGCACUGUUGACGAGUUAGACGCCACCUGGAGGCGCUUCGAUGACAUUGAUGAGCUGGAAAAUGCACUCAAAGCUUACGUAGAUGAGUGGGGGGACGAUCAUGAAGACGGAGAUAGCUGUGUUCAUUGGCUUAAAAGCAUCGCACGUGCCAAGGAGACUGGAAAGACUGAAAAGCUGUUGGCAAAGUGGAACGACAGCAUUAGGAAACUGAAUGGAGACGAUGAAAAUGAAGCCAAAGAGGAAACGGUAGAAGGCGACAGGAAGAGCGUUAAAAGCAGAAAUUCUAGGGGGAGGUCAACUCGUAGAGCUUCCUCGACAGGCAGCGUCGAUACGGAAGUGCGGCAACGAGGCCGCUCUACAGGCUCCAUCACGGUGGACCCGGAAGCCAUCAAACUAUUCUUUUCAGGCAAAGCUGGGGACCAGGUCAAGCCAUCCAGGUCAUACCAGCAGUUUUUCGUUUUAGCAGUGGAGUUUGUGAAGGUGUCGGUUCGGGCGGAGGUCGACAAGGCACGGAAUCCACUAUUGCCACAGGAUGCGGAGAUCAAGUGCCAGUGA